AUGAAUUGGCUUCAAUGGUAUCUAGUGUUCAACGUUUUAUUAUUAUCUUGGGCUAUCGAUUGUCCCAAGGGUAACUUUUGCGGACCAUGUGAGUCUCAUCCAUUCAGGGUGUAUGAAAUCACUUGUAAAGAAGAAGAACAUCCAAAGUUCAUAGUACAAUAUAAACCAAGAAGUCAUUUAAUUGUUAACUGUUUGGGCUCAAAAAAUUGGACUUAUUUUGAUCUAGGUUCAGUUCAACAAGUUAAGCCGGUUGAAUAUUUAAAGUUUGAAAACUGCGUUUUCUCUGACCAAGUCAAUCUUGGAAAUAUUGUAAAAAAUGUAUUCAAUGAUACUGUGGAGGAAUUGAGUUUCGAGGCAUGUAAGAAUUUAUCAUCAGUGUUGACUCGAGAGGGCUUGAAAGAUUUCAAGAAGCUAAGAAGUCUUGAUCUGCAGGGGAACAGUCUGUCAAAUUUGACUAGUGAACCAUUCAAGGAACUUCCCAAUCUCACGGUGUUAAAUUUUGCUACGAAUGACUUGAAGGAAUUGCCUCCAAAAUUUUUGAACAUUCCGAGUCUUAGAAAAAUUGAACUUGGUUGGAAUAAAUUGGAAGUAAUUAAACGAUCGAGCUUUGAAAAUCUCGGACACCUCGUUUUUUUGAAUUUAUGGAAGAACAAUAUUAGUGAAAUUGAAGCAAAUGCUUUCGACAACAUUCGUGACCUUCAAUCGAUUGAUUUACAUGGCAACAAAUUGAGAAGUAUACCACAGGGUAUUUUUUCAAAGUUAUCAAAAAUCAAAACGAUUAAUUUGUCGUUAAAUAAUUUCACUAAUGAGUCAUUCCCAGAAGAUUUGUUCCGUUACAACAACAUGCUGGAAACAUUAACAAUGACUAGUAAUUAUCGUAAUAUUACAACUCUUCCAAGUGGAUUCUUGAGUAAUUUAACUAGCUUAAGAACAAUAUAUAUGGAAAAUAAUGGAUUCCAUCAAAUGCCAGAAAAUUUUCUUUGGGGAACAACGAGCCUUACAACUUUAAAAUUACAAGAUAAUUAUAUUUCAACAAUACCACGAUACUUCUUGAGAGAUUUAAAAAAUUUGAAGUUUUUAGACAUGAGCGGAAAUACAAUUGAUCAUCUACCUAAUGACGUUUUUGAAUCGUUAAGGCAACUUACGAAUUUGAAUUUAGCAAAAAAUCGAAUUAAAUAUCUAAGCUCAAAUCACCUAACUGGAUUGUCAUCACUUGAAAUCUUAAAUAUGGAAAGAAAUAAUAUGGUUCAAAUUGAUGGGAAUGCAUUCAAGGACUUGGAAAAAUUGAAAGUUGCGUAUUUCUCGUACAACCAACUCAAUUUGACCAACAAAGGCUUGAGGGAUGAAUAUGGUUAUCGAUCACCAUUUCAUAAAUGUGUUUCUACGAUAGAAGAGAUACAUGUCCAUCAUAAUAACAUUGUAGAUAUGUUCCAAGACUGGACAGAAAUGAGCCAUUUGAAGAUAUUAAAUGUGUCGCAUAAUAAAAUAUUUUAUUUACAUGCAAGAGAUUUGACAUUAUCGUCGAGAAAAGCUGAAGUAGAUUUGACAUAUAAUAUGAUUGAGUCUAUUAAUAUGUAUAGAAACGUCUACGAAAAAUUGAUUGAAAAUUACCCUCAUGAUGCAGUUAUAGACAUCGGAUAUAAUCCACUCAAAUGUGACUGUCAAAUAUAUGAUCUUCUUCAAUACUUUGAAGGAGAACUUCCUUAUCUACACAACAGGUUUUACUUGAAAGCAGAAGAUUUAAAAUGCCAAUCCCCAGUAGAAAUGAAAAGUCUUGUAGUUAAAGACUUGAAAUCUAAGGAUUUGACCUGUGUGUAUCAUGAUUCAGAAGACAGCGGUAAUUUAUGCCCAAGCCCGUGUAGCUGUAAAGUAAGACCAUCCAAUAAAGCUUUCUUGGUUGAUUGUUCGUACCGCGGAUUGAGAGAAGCUCCACAACCUUUCACCAAUCCAGGUCAUCAUGUUGAAAUGGAUUUAUCAGGAAAUUAUUUAAAAACAGUGCCUUCGUUAAAACAAAAAGGAUAUGAAAAUAUUACAAUUUUACGGCUGAACAACAAUAAUAUCAGCAGUAUUGACGCUAAUAAUUUAUCAGACACACUAGAAGAAUUAUAUUUGGAUAACAAUAACAUGACUGAGUUGGACAGUCAAGUUUUGAAUGUGCUGAAAAAUUCAACGAAUAUCAAACAUCUUACUUUGAACGAUAACGCUUGGAGGUGUGACUGUGAGACUCGUAAUUUAUUUGAAUUUAUUCAAUAUAAACGAGUAAAGAUACCGGAGUUACAAAACGUCAUUUGCGGUGGAACCAAUAUACCAAUCUUUUCAGCAACAUUAGACGAAUUUUGUCCAUUUGAUAUGUACUGGGUAAUUGGAAUUUGUGUCGGCAUUGCUAUAUUUGGAAUUCUUAUUGGCGGAGUCUCAGUAUUGUACUAUCGUUAUCAACAUGAAAUAAAAGUCUGGCUAUACGCCCAUCAGUGGUGUCUCUGGUUUGUCACCGAAUCCGAGCUUGACAAGGACAAAACCUAUGACGCAUUUAUAAGCUUUUCUCACAAAGAUGAAGAGUUUAUAGUGAACGAAUUAGUUCCAAAACUUGAACAAGGACCAAAACCAUUCAAAAUCUGCGUGCAUUAUCGUGACUGGAUGGCCGGUGGAUGGAUUCCGGAACAAAUUGCACGAUCGGUUGAUGAAUCACGGCGAACAAUCGUUGUUCUCUCACCAAAUUUCUUGGAAAGUAUCUGGGGUAAAAUGGAAUUCCGUGCAGCCCAUAAUCAAGCUCUUAGUGACGGUCGAGCUAGAGUUAUUGUUAUUCUGUACGGCGACAUUCAACCAUCUGAUAUCACUGAUCCUGAACUCAAAGCUUAUCUUACUAUGAACACCUACGUCCAGUGGGGUGAUCCGUGGUUCUGGAACAAACUCAGAUAUGCUCUUCCCCACUCCAAAGAUAUAAAGAAAAAAGAGAACAAUGUUUUUGAAAACCACCAGCCCACUUUGCAAAUAGUAAAUGAAAAAAAAAAUGGAUCGAUACCACAGCCGACAGCUCCAAGCUUAAACAAGACCAUCACAGAUGUUUAA